UCCACAGUCCUGCCACAUUUUUUUUCCCCUGAAUAGUCCUUGCAUUUCUUAUACUGUGGACUAACAGAAGAUGGUUGAGGAUCUGAAGAGAAAGUCUUUAAUGGUUCUUACUAUCAUCUUGCUGCUCACCUUAACACAAGCAGGGAAUACAGACAAAGCCUCAGGUCAUCUCUGCACUGACUUCCAGAGAGCAAAUUUCCUGCAGGGCAGUAAACUUAAGGUCCAGUUUCUUCUAUUCUCCUCCUCCAGACCCAGCUGCGGGGAGCUGAUUUUUGCUGACGAUGGCAUUAGAAACUCCAGUUUCAAUAGCAGCCUGGAAACAAAGAUCAUAAUCCAUGGCUUCAGGGCUUUGGGUACCAAACCAUCCUGGAUUGAAGGGCUUGUCCGUGCCAUACUACACUCAAGUCAGGCAAAUGUAAUUGCAGUGGACUGGGUUUAUGGGUCUGCAGGAACCUACCCCUCUGCAGUGGAAAAUGUCACACAGCUGGCCCUCUCCAUCUCACACUUCAUCAGCAAACUGCUGGCCCUAGGAGUCUCAGGGACAUCCAUCCAUAUUAUUGGGGUGAGCCUCGGUGCACAUGUCGGGGGUCUGGUGGGGCACUUCCAUGGUGGUCAGCUGGGACGGAUAACAGGCCUGGAUCCUGCAGGCCCUAGGUACACAAAAGCCAGCCCUGAGGAACGCUUGGAUCCUGGGGAUGCCCUCUUUGUGGAAGCCAUUCAUACCGAUGCUGACAAUUUCGGGAUUCGAAUACCUGUAGGUCACAUCGAUUAUUUCAUCAAUGGAGGCAAAGAUCAGCCUGGAUGUCCCCGAUUCAUCUCUGCAGGCUACAAGUAUCUGAUCUGUGAUCACAUGAGGGCAGUACAUCUCUAUGUCAGUGCCUUGAAACAUUCCUGUCAUAUUGUGGGAUUCCCUUGCACAAGUCAUCAAGAUUUUUUAAAUGGACAAUGCCUGGAUUGUGUAGACCCCUUCAUGGUCUCCUGUCCUCAAAUAGGUCUGCUGGAGCAGGCAGGGGUUCAUGUGAGAAAGCUGCCCAAGGAAGUGAAAGUUUAUUUAAUGACCAGUCCCUCAGCCCCAUUCUGUGUUCAUCACAGCCUGGUUGAGUUCCACUUGCAGAAGAGAAGAAAUAUAGUCACAAACCUUGAGAUCACUUUCUGCGGCAACAGUACAAAGGACACUGCAAAGAUCACUAUACAGAAGCAGCAGACUAUAGGCAAACGGCUUCUGGCCCACAGAGUUCCUUUCUGCCAGAUAAACAAUGUGACACUGAAGUAUCUCCCCAGGGAUCGAUUUUGGAGGAAGGAUGAGUCAGCCAUCACUGGCAAGUUCUGCACAGCCUCUCUGCCUCUCGCUAACAACAGGAGUAUGUUCUGCCUGCCCUGGAACCUCACCCUCCCCAGUAACACAGACAUCUCCUUUGAGGUGCCUGCUGCUUGUGCCUAACGCUGCCUGCCGAG